AGUGGGCCGCAGGCUUGCCGUUUGUAGUUCGCCAGUUUGAGUUAGUCAUGCUCAUCCGCUAAGUUCAUGCGUCUGUCAAGGCGAGGUCGCCAUUAUAAGCGGCACGGCGUUGUUAGGUUGUGCCAGGGAUUACGUGGAAUUAAGGGCGUUUUUCGCUGUUCCCGCUACGAAUAGGAAAAGGCCUAAUGGGCGUGUUAUUGAACAACAGCUUACUUUAGCAAUAAAAUAGUUGUUAAUUUAAGCUGCCUGGCGGCGGCGUAGUGAGAGGAUACGGAAGAACUAAGAUCCACGAAAUGCUCGAUGGAAAUGCAGCCACUGCCCUCAAGAUUUCCCUCCUGCUUCUGGCAUGUAUUGUGAUACAAGCAGGGGACCGGCUGAGUGUGUAUGUGCGGCACCACGAGCGGCUGGCGUACGGCCGGGCCGAGGUGGAGGCCCGCCACCAGCGCGUGCGCCGCAGCGCCGGCGGCGUGCCGCUGAUACUCGAGUUCGGCGCGCUGGAGCGACACUUCCGCCUGCGGCUGCGGCGCGAGGCGCGUGUGUUCGCGGCCGACGCCGUGCUGGUGGGCCCGUCCGGCCGCUACGAGCCGCUGCACACCGACCACCUGUACGAGGGUCACUUGGAGGGUGUGCCGCACAGCUAUGUGCACGGCUCGCUACACGACGGCGUAUUCCAGGGCAAAAUCGAGACGCCACAGGGCAACUAUUACGUAGAGAAGGCCCAUCACUACUAUCCCCGUAACCUUUCAUCAUCGUUUCACUCUGUGAUAUACUCAGAAAAUCAUGUAGAGGACCCGUUUGAACACCUGCAGCGCGGCAGAGGGCCGUUUGGAGGCUGCGGUGUAGACGGCGACGUGUCCGCCUGGAUGAGCCUGGUUCAGAACUCGGCCAUUGAGGACGACGACGAGCCGUUCGUGACCUCGGCCCAGGCGUCGAGGACCUCCGGUGCGGUGUCGCACGAGCAGCGCUACCACAAGUAUACAGAGGCGGCGCAGCGGGAGCUGGACGGUGCGCCGCGCUCGCGGCACCGGCGCGCCCCCCGCCAGGGCGGCGCCACCAGCCACCUGCCCGACAGCCGCGGCACGUGCAGCGUCUCGGUGGAGACGGACCCGACCCUGUGGCGGCACGUGUUCGCGAAGGAGGGUCGCGACCCGCGGCGCACGCGCGAGGAGCUCACCGCCAUGGUGGCCUCGCACGUGAAGGCCGUAAACCGCGUAUACGACCGCGAGAAGUUCGACGGCGGCUACUCGCACCGCGGUAUCCAGUUUGAGGUGCAGCGACUGAAGAUCGACGACGACAGCACGUGCGACCCGUCCUACCGUGGCGGCGAUCGCAACAAGUUUUGCAUCCCCAACGUGGACGUCUCCAACUUCCUGAACCUGCACUCGGAGGACAACCACGACGCCUUCUGCCUGUCCUACGUUUUCACCUACCGCGACUUCAACAAGGGCACCCUUGGCUUGGCGUGGGUGGCCUCGCCCGCAGGCGCGUCCGGUGGCAUCUGCGAACGCUACAAGCCAUUCGCCGACAACAUCGGUGGCUCGCAGCGCACCAACAAGCGCUCGCUGAACACCGGCAUCAUUACGUUCGUCAACUACCACUCGCGCGUGCCGCCGCGCGUCUCGCAGCUGACGCUGGCGCACGAGAUCGGCCACAAUAUGGGCUCGCCGCACGACUGGCCCAGCGACUGCACGCCCGGCGGGCCCGACGGCAACUUCAUCAUGUUCGCCAGCGCCACCAGCGGCGACUUGCCCAACAACAGCAAGUUCUCCGAGUGUAGCCGGCGCAACAUCAGCUCCGUGCUGGACGCCAUCUCGUCGGGCAAGAAGCGGGACUGUUUCACUAAGUCGGACGGCGCCUUCUGCGGCAACAAGAUCGUCGAGGAUGGCGAGGAGUGUGACUGCGGCUUCGAUGACAACGAGUGCUACGAGAGCUGCUGCUACCCCAACCAGGUGUCGCCGGCCGACAAGGCUGCCAACGCGUCGGCAGAGGGCUGCCGCCGCCGUCAGUACACCCAGUGCAGCCCCAGCGAGGGCCCUUGCUGCGACCGAAGGUGCAGUUUCGUCGCCGCGCUUGAGCGGCUCAAGUGCCGCACCGAGGACAACUGCACGUACGACUCGUACUGUGACGGGUUCGGGGCGGCGUGUCCGGCGCCGCCGCCGCGGCCCGACAUGACCGAGUGCAACAUCGGCACCAAGGUGUGUCUGAAUGGCGAGUGCUCCGGCUCCAUCUGCCUGAAGCACGGCCUGCGCGAGUGCUUCCUCACGUCGGACGCCAUCGAGGACCGCGGCAAGCUGUGCGAGGUGGCCUGCCAGCGCGGCCAGAACGCCAGCACGUGCCGCAGCAGCAGCGAGCUCGGGCUCGGCGCCGGACGGGGCAUCUACAUGACGGCCGGGGCCGCCUGCGACAACUUCCAGGGCUACUGCGACGUGUUCCUUAAGUGCCGCCGAGUGGACGCCGAGGGGCCGCUGGUGCAGCUCAAGAAUCUGCUCUUCUCCGAGAAGACGCUCAUGUCCAUCGUCGAGUGGAUCACGCACUACUGGUGGGCGGUGCUGCUGAUCUCGGUGGCGUUCGUGGUGGUGAUGGCGCUGUUCAUCCGCUGCUGCGCCGUUCACACGCCGUCCUCCAACCCCAAGAGAGCGCCGCCCAGGAAGUUCGCCGACACGCUCAAACACCCCAUGGACACGCUGAAGCGGCAGCGGCGGCAGCAUCCGCGGCGGCCGCCGGGCGGCGGUGGUCCGGUGGUGGAGGAGUCGGAGCUGGCCGCCAGCAGCGCGCGACCCAGCCGGGCCAGUCACGGCCCGCCGCCGCCCUACCAGCAGGUCGGGCCCAGCCGUCACGGCUACGGCGCGGGUCGCGGCCACUACAGCCGACAAGGCACACGGGAGGACGUGGAGGCCGGCGGCCGGGCGGCGGAGCGUCAGAAGCGCCGCUCUCAGCCGGCGGCGGCCGGCCGGCACGUGUGACCUCGGUCCGAGGCGCCGGCGCCCGCCGCCUCCUGACCCGACACCGACACGAACGCCGAGCCUGGGCCCCCCGGACGCCGCCCGCCAGCCGGCGGGACACCACGACCGGCCGGCCGGCGCCAUUGCCCGGGGCCGGGGGGUUCGGCCGGUGGUCGUGACUGCGAGCGGCACCGCGGGCGGCCAUCCACGGACACGGUGCGGCUCACGUCCAGUGGGCACGCAUUGAAAUCAAACCAUUUGUGUACUUGCAUUAUGAGAAGCGGCAUUGCCAGGGCGGCGCGUUCUUGGCCUCUUCCUGGCGUGCGGGCGGUGGUGAUGUGAUACCGCGGCCCGGCACCCGUUGGCGCGCGCUCGUGCGUCGCCCCGGCCGCUGGGCGGGGCUCAGGCGUCUGCGGCCGGUGCAGGCUCCGACCUUGCUGCAGCCCGCUUCCGACGCCCGUCCGUCCGCGCCUGCAGCCUGGCCAGUGAGCGACACCCUCUCAGUGUGCGCCCCAUUGGGCCGCCCUGCUCCCUGGCGCUAUUUAAGCUUUCGAAGUUAUUUGUUCCGUUGCACUGGUGGAUGGAAGUGUGAUCUGCGACGGCUGGCCGGCGCUGUAUGUGCGUGCGGCCAGGUCCGCUCCCGGGCGUGCGGGGUCGCGGGACUCAUUCGGGUACCCACUGCUUUGUUGCUGAACGCGUGAGGGCGGCUUUUGUUGUGAAUGGCGGUGAAGCUUAUCUGAGAUGAGGCUUGGUGUGGUUUUGAUAUCUUAUUCGAAUUUUGAUUCCAGAAGCUUUUAAAGUUAUCGUCUCCAGAAUAUCGGCUUGGGCCGGGCAUUGGAGGUGUCGGUUGGCAGAAACUCAUGCUGCUUUGUACGGUGAAGUGCGAAGGCGCCUUGGAGUGGGGCAUUGCCCAAGCGCUUGUUUUCCCCCGCCCCACCAUGCGGAGUCGGUGCUGACUCGAUCGCAUGGCAAGCGUAUGACUGGUGUUGGUGGCUUUUGAGAACCGGAUGCGUUUCAGGAGUGGUGACUGGUUGCGUCAGCGGGCGCUGCGUGCCGACUCUCCGUCUGUGGGCUUUAGGCGGAGCACGUGGGAUGAGCGUGUCCGGGCCGGUUGUUCCGCCACCUCCAGGGGGCGUGUGCCGGUCGCCGCCCCGCGCGCACGCAGUACUAGAGCCCGCGACCACGGCGGGGCAGCUCCGAAUACCACCACUUCCACGCCACCAGCGGUGACCUACUCUGCGCACGAUCUCUGGCCACUGAGGCACGGCGCCGGGGCGGCGGGGCUCGGCGGAGCCAGGCGCAGUGACGGCGUCAGGCGUCAACGCGCGGGCUGUGCCGCUCCGUAAGGCUCACGAGCUAUUUAGUCAAGCCUCGUAAGGAUAAUUUGUUUCGCAAAUAUUUGUACUCGGCGUUCUGUGGACUGUAGCGUUUCGACGGCUUUCCCGCUCGUCGUUAGGGUUCCGCGUAUUCAUUUUCUGAAAUUCCAAAGGAAUGUAGAUGUCUUCUGAUGUUUUAAGAUGUGCGUUAUCCCGUCUAUGCAGUACACGAACGCCCUUCACACGAUGUCCACGUAUGCGUUGUCUUCUGUUACGGAGGUGCACAAACAGUGCGGCAGAACAAGCUUGGUGCAGUGCUCCCUUUCGUUGCUGGACCCGCCUUGUCAGCCCCAGCCGCCGUGUGUCGCCGCGACCUACUCCGCAGCACUCGAUACCCAAGUGGCCUUGCGCAUCAUCACCGUGUCAUAUUGAUUUGUGGCGAGUCAGGGGGCGGCGGGCGGCGGCGACGGCUCGUUAGCGACGCCGCCGCCGCCCGCCGCGCACGAGAUGGCACCUCAGCGCGGCGCGUCCGCUCGCGGCGCGGACUGCUGCCCGCCACCCGGGCACGUGGUGGAGUCGGACCGGACUGGUGGCGUGUGGGCGCGAUCCGAAGCCAGCUCCACACCCGGUGUCGCUGGUCCCGGUAGUUAGGAUGCACUCAUCUGUCUCACUUUGUAUGUAUAUUGUAAGAUGUGUAAUGAA